AUGCUCAAUUGUUUAAUUGAUUCCCAUCUCAUCGGGGUCGCCAUGGGGAUACUCUGGUGUUGUUUCGAGUGUAUAGCGCAACGUAAAUGGUUCUCCCAUUUAUCGUGUUGCGAUUCUUCGGGAAAGUUGAUUUCCAUACGAUGUCCUCAGGACAAAAAUUGGUUAAUUUGAGCGGGAAUUCAAUACCGCAAGAAUGCGUACCGGAAUGGGACGAAAAGAGCACCACAGCACUGAUCCAGAUGUAUAAAGAAAGAAAGUGUCUGUGGGACACUACCCAUGAGUUUUACAAAAACCGUCGAUUGCGCCGGGAGGCUCUUACCGAAAUGGCAAAUAAGUUCAACUGCUCCUUGGCUGACGUUGAAAAAAAGUUAUACAUGCUGAGAAGUUCAUUCCGAAAAGAAUAUCGCAGAUGGAAUUAUGCGAAACUCUCAGCAGGCCCAAACAACUCAAGUUUGGUGCGGAAACCUCAGUGGUUCGCGUUGGACUUGCUCAUGUUUUUGAAGGACGACGUUCUUAAGAAGUCUUUUCAGACUCCACUCAAUCCAAUCGACCCUUUCGAGAACAGCGUCAUUAACGACAUUAAUAGCACGGAUCUUCAGAACGUAUUCUACUACGACAGUGAGAACAGUACGUUGACUCCAUUGGAGCCCGGAGAGGUAGCCUUGGAUUAUAAUUUGCAGCAAAUUCAAGUCCCCGAGACAUUGAAGCAAUCACCGGGAUCAGCUGUAAAAAGAAAUUCGAAUAACGGUGAACCGACUCUGCUAGAAUUAACAAGUAAUAAAAAACCGAGAACACGUGACGCCGAGGAUCCAAGGAUACGAUUAAUAAAAGCCAAUGAUGUUCAGGAGAAAGACGCAUUUUCUGCGUUCGGUAAUUUUGUCGCAGAAGAACUAAGGAAUAUAAAAGACAGCAGUCAAGUCCAGCUGGCCAAGCUAAGAAUUCACCAAGUGCUAUUCGACGCUACACGGAGUUUUUUGAAGGUUCCUAUUCCUAGAUUAUUGUAAAUGGCGUCACGAAUUUCAACGACGAUCGGCCUGCGCUUUAUUCACCAAAACCCCGCACUUGUAUCUCAGUGAAUAAAUGAUAUUUUAGCACUGUUGCAAACUUAAACCUCGCUAACAUUCAAUUUCAACCACUCCUCGGAACUUGGAUAUUGGAAGGUAAUUUUCCAAUCCAUUGCAAAACUUUUCGCAGCGAUCCGAAUGAGGUGCAGCUGUUCUUUUGAUUUUCCGUCGAUAAAUUCAAGAUACUACCGUCAUCUGGAGGCCACAAAAAUCUAUAUGCAUCAACUCUACGAUGGAUAUUCGCUGGUUGCACCUGUAUGAUUUCUACGAACGCCCACGCGUCACGCAUAAAGAUUUACUCAUGGGCGAUUCCGUUUCUUCACUUGUCGAGGGUACUGCCAAAAGUUUGACGUAAGCUACGGUAUUGGGGUUGCUAUUUCGAGGUAGAAAAGAAGAUUGUCGCACCACGGUCCAAUGGCAUUUUACCGGGUCCGCGCACAGCUGGUAGCCAAGUGCAACACAUCCGAUCCAAAAACCAGAAGCGAUCGCGUGUGACUCUGAAAAAAGCGUGUAAUUGAAACUCGAAUCGAACACCAGGUAUUACGACGAUCCACACUCUGUAGAAUUGGCGCUAUAAGAUCGUUGAUUACUUUUCUUUUCGGACUUUUGUUUUCUUUCAAAGAAGCUUCGAAUACCAGCCAGUCAUAUUUCGAUGAUGCGUCACUUUUUUUCUAUCGUUUGAAGUAGCGUUAUCGCUAAACGGUAUUACGACACCGAGGACGUAACGUAAUGACGAUAAAAAUUCUUGCUAUUAAUUUAAAAUUGAUAUUUAUUAAACUAAUUGUUUGCGGUUUAUGUACAGGUAAAAAGGUAAAAAAUUAAAUAGAUUCGUUAUAACACCGUGAUUGGUAAAUUACCCGCAUACUGACUGAUUACGUCGAAUUACAGGUCGUUAAGCGGAUGCAAUAAUUUGUCGCACCUAUAUCGUGUAAGAGCAUGUUACCCAUCAACGAAUGCAA